UGGCGUGGGUUUGAAGCCGGGCGUGGGGCGGGGUAGUAAAUGACAUGGCAGGCUCUCAAUGGCCAAACCAAAAUCAUGCCCCUAAACCCAAGCCCACAACCCAAUUGGGCGUGGGUUUGAGUGGUGGGGGACCUCCCAUUCCACGUGUCAACAAAUGCCCCAACCCAAGCCCCACCAUACCCCAUAGCCUAAAUAUAUAUUUAAUUCAUUAAAUUAAACUAUAUAAACAAUUAGCUCGUUUAGGCUGCUGAUAAAUGAAGCUCAGGCUCUGGAUCGCUUACUAAACGGGCUUAUUUUUUGGCUCGAGCACGGGUGCUGGCUCAUAUAAGGUUGAUUCAAUUCGAUUUUUUAGCGAGCCGAUCUCGACCAGUUUUCGAGCGGCUUGGCUCGUUUACGCCCCUAGUAAGAUUCACAAUUCAUAUGUUUUCUAACUUAAACUUCUGUUUAUGAUUGCAGGGCUUAAUGAUACUUACCAUGACUCAAUUCAUACCACCCUUAAAGCCAUGUGGAGUUGAAGAUGCAAAUUGUGUUCAUCCAACAAGCAUUCACAAAUUCGCCUUCUUCACAGCAAUGUACUGUCUUUCUCUAGGAACCGGCGGCAUUAAACCGUCGCUAGAAAGCUUUGGAGCGGACCAGUUUGACGACGAUGAUCCAGACGAACGAAAGGGAAAGAUGUCGUAUUUCAACUGGUGGAAUGCAGCAAUGUGUGGCGGACUUGUGCUAGGAGUAACCAUUAUGGCUUAUGUACAAGACAACUUUGGUUGGGGGACCGCGGACCUCAUUCUUACCGUUGCAAUGCUCUUAACUACCAUUAUAUUCUACCUUGGAAAGCCGUUUUACAGGUACCGUAUGCCCCAAGGUAGCCCGUUAACACCGGUAGUACAGGUUCUUGUCGCAGCGGUUAGGAAGCGAAAGCUACCUUAUCCUUCGAGCCAGGAUUCGUUUUAUGAAUCCGCAAACCCUCAAGCAAGAAUACUGUCACAUACAAGUAGACUUAAAUUUCUUGAUAAAGCGUGUCUUGUCGUGGAAAACGAGAUAUCAGAAGGGAAGAAACCGUCCCCGUGGAAGCUCACAACGGUUACCAAAGUCGAAGAAACAAAGCUCAUAGUAAACGCGAUCCCAAUAUGGUUCGCGUCUCUGCUUUUCGGCGUAUGCGUUGCACAAGGCGGAACAUUCUACGUGAAACAAAGCGGUACACUAAACCGGAAGAUAGGUAAUAGUUUCGUGAUACCACCAGCGAGUAUUCACGCGAUUUCAGCGUUCGCUAUGCUGUUCUUCGUCGUAUGCUACGACAAGAUCUUAACCCCGAUACUAAGGAAAGUAACGGGGAAAGAACGUGGGAUUCCGAUCCUUCGAAGAGUUGGAAUAGGUAUGAUAUUUUCUAUUAUCGGUAUGGUCGUUGCAGCGUUGGUUGAGAAGCGGAGAUUAACCGUUGCGGAAAAGGAACAAACUCGGGUUCUUUCGAUGAGCGUGUUUUGGCUAACGCCGCAGUACUUUAUUCAGGGGAUAGGAGACGCGUUUACGCUUGUGGGUUUGCAGGAGUAUUUUUAUGAGCAAGUACCCGACUCGAUGAGAAGCAUAGGCAUAGCGUUAUAUUCGAGUGUGCUUGGUGUCGCGAAUUUUUAUAGCAGUUUUCUGAUCGUUGUUGUUGGUCGUGUUACGGGGAAGUUUGGGUCAAGUUGGUUCGGGAAGGAUUUAAAUAGCAGUCGGUUAGAUAAGUUUUACUGGCUGCUGGCAGCUAUGAACGGGUUGAACUUGGGCGUAUAUUUUCUACUGACGAGAAAAUAUUCGUACAAAAAUGUGCAAAGAAAAGUAGUUGUAUCUCGUAAGUGAUGAAUGGGCUGUAUUAUGUG